AAUUCAGGAGAUUCUGAGAUUAUUAAAUAGUCUUGUGAACCUCCGUGCGCUUGUGCUGGCAUCAUCGUGGAGUUUUUGGUGGCUUGCGGCAGGACGUGUUGCAUCAUACUGACUAUUUACUGUGUUCAUUACAUCCAUCCAGAACUCGUGUGACUGCGCCAGAAAUCAAGAAGAAAUACAUUAAGAGUCAUGAGAUCAACGCAUGUAAUCCGGCUGUAGAUUUUGGGGCAGAUUGCAGCUCAAUUGUGAUGGAUUGUACUGGUUUUCAUCCUGAGGGAAAGGUCUUUGAGAAUCCUAAAGAGCUCUGGAAGACCGUGGAGGACGACAAGGAGAAGACAUGGUAUGCUCCAGCAGUGGAAUACUGGGACAAGCAGCCAGCCUCCUAUGAUGGCGUAUUGGCAGGCCUGGGGCACUUGAAUGGGGAUGAUAUAGCGGACAGCAGGAAGUUUAUUAGGAAGGUUUUCGACCAGCAGCUGCAGGCUGCUGAAAGCACAGGGAGGCGAUUGGUGGCAGCAGACUGUGGGGCGGGAGUGGGCCGGGUAACAGAGCAGCUGCUUCUGCAUCACUGCGCUGAGGUGGACCUAGUGGAGCCCUCCAAGCACCUGCUGGAGACAGCUCAGCGCAACCUCACCUCGGCCGCGCCGAAAGCGUAUCCGGCCGGCCACCGUGCCGCUGCGUUCCUGCACACCGGCCUGCAGGGCUGGAAUCCAGAGCCCCAGAGGUACGACCUGAUCUGGAUACAGUGGGCGCUCCUCUACUUGACAGAUGAUGAUUUGUUGGCGUUGCUGGAGCGGUGCAAGGGUGGGUUGAAGCCGGGGGGCUUGAUGAUAUUCAAGGAGAACGUCUGUGAAAAUGGCUUUGUCGUCGACCCGGAGGACAGCAGCGUGACUCGCAGUGACGCGUACCUCCUGGAUCUGUUGAAGCGCGCCGGAUACACUCUGCGAGGCAGCGCCCUGCAGCGAAAUUUUCCCAAGGGCCUCUUCAAGGUUCGCAUGUACGCGGCGCAACCAAAGGAGUGAGUUGCCUGAGACAGCAACUGCUUGAUGUGCUUGCGCUUCAGAGCAAGGCCAACGAGGGGGAAGCCAUGAAGCUCUGCAGCAGCCUGCGGUUGUUCCCUCGUUUAAGAUCUAAGAACGAGAAGGGGCCCAUCAAGAGAGAGUAGAGUUGGGGCGGUGCAGCAGCGGGCAGAAGAAAUGAUUGAAUGGUAGCAAUGGCUUGAAGCCCGUAGCGGUGCAUGCAGCUAUGGCUGCGGCUGCAGCUAUGGCUACUGCGCAGUAGCCAUAGCUGAUACUGCCAAUGAUCAGUCAUGACUCAUGACAUUGGUCCGAUCGAUCGGCCUCUCAUCUGUGACGUUGCAUUUAGGAAUCUGUUACAGCCCGAAUAUUGCCUCAUUAGCCCUCUCUGUGGCAUGCUUGUAAGGCGAAUGCUUUUAAAUCGGAGAUGAUAGGGGUGAUUAAUAUAUUAACUAGUAAGUAAUUACCCUAGAGAUAAGGGAAGGCACGUGGGCUGACCUCGUGCAGAUUAUGUGAUCACUGCAAUAUUAUGGGGCGCUGAUGUUGCUGAUAGAGUGCUCUUCCGAUGAGUCAUGUAUAUCGCCACGUAAUAUUACCUGAGCCGGAC